AUGAAUGUGGUGGGUGUGAGUGAUGGUGGUGGUCGGGUGGGGCUGAUGGUGCAGAUUAGCAGUGUUGCCUCUGCCAUUUCCCCCAGGGGUUGCUUCUUCACAGAUCUGACCUGUAAUUUGGCCCAGCGGCAUCACCUGCUGUUGCUGCGGCCUUGGCCUGUCGCGGCUGCCUCCGCCCGCAGGUGUCACUCCAUCUAUAAGGGCUUCGCUCAGUGUCUCAUGGCGCUGGGAGACAGUCUGACAGACAGCGCACGCAAGGACGAAGACACACACGAGAUACACUCCAUCUGCAGGUCCUGGGAUGAGUUCCACGACUGUGCUAAUGUGGCGAUGGCAGGCUGUCCUGAUGAGGCGGCAGCGGUUUGGGAGUCUCUGCGUCAGGAGUCCAAGAAGAUGCAGUUCUCUGGGAACCUGUACGAGAUGUGCUCCAGACGCACCAGCCAGUCUUCAGCCUCCAACUCCGCUUCCUCCAAUAACCAGGAGAAGAUCAACCAGGAGUCCCUACGAGGCAGCUCCCCCAGGCCCACAGCGGCCCCCCUCCUCCUGCUCCUGCCCUCAGUGCUGCUGCCUCUGCUCUGGAUAUAAGCACCAAAGGACCUCACUCAAACAUAAACUGUAUUUUCU